CACAGUGUUGUGCCUGCUGCCCUGCAGGAAAGCAACUAAGUACGCGCGUGCGCAUAACGCGUGUGGGUCCUAAAGUAGUGGUGUUUCGUGAGUUAUUCUUGCAAAUGGGCACCGCGGCCUAGCGCCCCAGGCGUUUCCAUCCGUAACCUUGCACCGAAGCCUGCUAGGAGGGGUCUCCGCCGAGCGCCUCGGCCCUGAAGCAUGGCAGCUAUCCCUUCCAGCGGCUCGCUCGUGGCUACCCAUGACUACUAUCGGCGACGUCUGGGCUCCUCGUCCAGCAACAGCUCCGGCGGAAGUGCAGAGUACCCGGGGGACGCCGUGCCCCACUCCCCGGGUCUUCCCAAAGCUGACUCGGGCCACUGGUGGGCCAGCUUCUUUUUUGGGAAAUCCACCCUUCCAUUCAUGGCCGCAGUGUUGGAGUCUCCUGAGCACUCGGCAGAAUCCCCCCAGGCCUCCAGAAGCCCGAUCUCCUGUGGCCUGGCUCCUGAAACCAUGAAGAAGCAGCCAGUCAUGCAUCCUAGCCAGACCAACAGCAGGGCCCCGUCCUGACCUGUCAGAAUCAGCAGACUGCCCAAGUUUAAGUGGUGCUAGACCAGAGCCCACCCUCUCAACCCUCCCUGUAAACUAGGAAGGCUAAACAGACACCAGCAGGAGCUGGAGAGAGCCUAUUGGUUUACAGCACUGAGCUUUCCUGACCCCAUUACUGUGUCUUCUACAAAGCAGAAAAUAAACUCACAGCAGCCAUCCUC